UCGUGGAGGAAUGCCUUAAGCUAUUGGAAGGAUCGACACAUUUCUGGUCCAAAACCCAUCCCAUUCUUUGGAAACUUCUUGAGUCCUGUCCUAAAAGCGCGUCCAUCUGUGGAGUUGGAGUGGUAUAAGACAUACGGCAAACUUUUUGGGGUAUUUACGUUCGCAAAGCCUAAGCUAACGGUUGCCGACCCGGAGCUCAUCAAACAGAUUCUGGUCAAAGACUUUAGUAAAUUCCGGAACAGAGGCGAUACGGCCGGUAGACAUCCAGUGAUCUCGAAGAAUAUGUUUAACUCCAGAGAUGACGACUGGAGGCGGGUCCGGGCGAUAGCCAGCCCUACCUUCACGUCAGGAAAAUUGAGGAAAAUGUAUGCUCUG